AUGGGAAUAUUUAACGAACAAUCUCUUGAUCAUCCCUUUGCUAGGGGAAUACAAGGUGCUCCAGGAGUUGGAUUUAAUCUCACUUCAAGUGGGGAUUAUGAUAUGAUAAAUAAAAAACUAAGAAAUGUUGGUGCACCUAGUGCUAAUACUGAUGCUGCUACAAAGAAAUAUGUUGAUGAUAAUUCCAGUGGAUCACCCGCAACAUCACGACUAACAGUUGAUUCAAACAUUGAUAUGAAGGAUAGAUACCGUAUUCAAAAUCUUAUCACACCACAGGAUUCUAAAGAUCCAGCAACAAAAUAUUAUGUAGACAACACAUUUCUUGACAGAGAUGGAUCUUACCCGAUGAAAGGAAAUCUUAAUAUGGACAACAAUCGAAUAUAUAAUCUUCCUGCUCCAGAUGGUUCCAAUCAACCAACACCAUUAGCUUUCACAGAUUUGAAGUAUCUCCACGUUGGUGAAACAAAUAAAAUAAAUAAUAAUCUAAACAUGGAUAAUAAGGGUAUAAUUCAUUUAAAAACGCCAACAAAUGACACAGACGGCGCAACCAAAAAGUAUGUAGAUGACUCAAUACCUGAUACUAGUUCUUUUAUAAAAAAGGACGGAAGUGUUGCUAUGACUGGUAACCUUAAUGUUGGAAACAAAAAAAUAGCUGGUCUUGCAACUCCAACAUCAAAUACUGAUGCUGCAACCAAAAAGUAUGUAGAUGACUCAAUACCUGAUACUAGUUCUUUUAUAAAAAAGGACGGAAGUGUAUCAAUGACUAAUAACCUAAAUCUUGGAAACAAAAAAAUAGUUGGUCUUGCAACUCCAACAUCAAAUACUGAUGCUGCAACCAAAAAGUAUGUUGAUGAUAACACAACUGCCCCAGAUUUAAGUGAUUACUUGGAAAAAGAUGGUACCGUCACUAUGACUGGAAACCUUAAUCUUGGUAAUAAUAAAAUAGUUGAUCUCGCAACUCCAACAUCAAAUACAGAUGCUGCGACCAAAAAGUAUGUUGAUGAUAAUGCUGGAAGUCCAGAUUUAAGUGAUUACUUGGAAAAAGAUGGUACCGUCACUAUGACUGGAAACCUUAAUCUUGGUAAUAAUAAAAUAGCUGGUCUCGAAUCUCCAUUUUCUGGCACAGAUGCUGCAAACAAAAAUUAUGUUGAUGUUAAAUUUGCAGGAAGUAGACUAUAUCUUAGUAGUUAUUUAAAAAGAAAUGGUAGCACUGCUAUGACUGGAGAACUUAAUGGUGGUGGUAAUAAAAUAAUAAAUAUUGGUAAACCACUCCAAAAUAGUGAUGCUGCAACCAAAGAUUAUGUUGAUAAACUAGUUCAUCAUACUGCAGUUCAACCAAGUCAUUACAACAACCAGUUUGCUUAUCUUAUGUCAAGUGGGGCUCAGUGGACUGAUGAAAUAGAUGGAGGAGUUAGUUUUGUUGUAAAUAGGAUAGAUUACUCACCACCAAACAAAGGCAACUUUCACGAUUAUAAUCACAAAGUUAUUUACAUGUAUAUAGUUAAAAAUAAACAACAAUAUAAGUAUAAGAUGGGAAUUAAUUUUUACAGAAUACCUGCAAAUACUGAUUACACGUUGUGUUUGGAAAUACUCAACACAGAUUAUACUCUUUGGGAUAAGACUCAAAUAAGUGUUGACAAAGGAACUUCAACAGGAUUAUCAAUUGGAAAUGUAGGUAUAAGAAAACUAUUCCAUAGGUAUACUGAUCCAAAAGGGCAAACACAAACUAUGUACUACCAUAGAAUAAUAGUUAAUUUCCGGAAGUUGUCAUCUGGUAAUAAGUUCUUUCUUCACAUUCUUGUUGAUAUUUCAAAAAAAGGAUAUAAUAUUUAUAAAUAUCCGCGAAUUUUUCAAGGGGUUUACCUAAUUGCUUAUGGUAUUGUGGGUACAUUUAGCAAUGUCGACCCAGAUAAAGUUUACGACUAUCACACCGCAUUUGAUAUUAAACCAACAGAAGUGGCGUAUAAUGUUGAUAUUAAUGCAAAUAAUAAAAAAAUAUUAAGAGCGACGGUCAGGAAAUAUCGACCAUUGAGUGGCAAGAGUUGAAAAAUGAAUUUCGCUUAUUUUCUGACUAUAAAAAGCUACUAAGAAUAGAAGAAAUUUAAUGUAUUUCUUUUUCUUUCGGAGCGCUUCAAUUCUGAGAAAACUGAGAAAAACGAAUUUGACCCGCGACGAUCCCGAAAGGUCCCGCAAGCGAGUGUGAAAUUGAUAUUUUAAACUGACUUUUGGUCUUCAAGGAAAAACGAUUCAAAGGAUCAUAACGCCGAAUUUUGAUAGAGUGGGUGCCGUACUUUCACAGAAACUAUAUGACUUAUCUUUAUUGUUUUUCAUGAAAAGCAAACAACGCACAGGAAAGUGCUGUAUUUUCAAACGUGAAAAAUCCCGCAAAUACCUCCUUAAUUCAAAUGUUUUUUUCACUAUGUGGCAUAAUUCAGAUUUUCCUUUUAACUAUGUCAUUAGAGGGAUUUAAGGUUGUUCUUGAUAAUAUGUUAGAAUCAGCAUGGGUUUUCUUUACAGCGCCUCACGCGAAGGUUUUGAAAUGACCGUAAUUCAUUCAAAUUUCUACAACGGCUGAGUAAACAAUUCUUGUUGCGUGACCGUAACGUCAAGCGGAGUUUUUACACAGCUGACUGGAAUAUACACGAAAGCGUACUGAAAAUGAUUCUGGUACUGUGAGCUUUUCGUCCUUUUUUUAUUGAAAAAGGUAAUCGGCCAAAGAGAGGUUAUUUUUUCUCACUGUUAAGGUGGAAGUUUUCUUUUUCACUGUAAGAUGUUUUCACUGAUAAAUAUCAGGAUGUAAUUUGAUUAGCUCUCGGCUAAACCUGUUUAACUUUUAUACUUGUUUUUUUCGCUUCCUUUGGUUUCAGAAGAAUCUGGAAAGAGAGACAAAAAUGAUAGAUGCUUUUUAAAUUGAUAUUUACUUCAAUUGUGAGGAGUUAUUUUUAUUAUUUGUUGAAGAAAUGACAGAGUUGGCAAAAGCUCGAAGCAGUUUACUAGCCGUAGCGUAUUAGUAAAUUGAAUUAGUCAAUUAAAUGCAAAAAGGGAAAAAUUUAAUUAGCGAAGUUGGAGUGAAUUUGCUUUGCCAGUUUUGUGUAAUCAUGGACGUUAAGUGCUCUUUUAGCUCCUUAGUCGGCGGUUCUUGCUCUUAUGACCCUAGAGAUAGGAGCAGAUCAACUGAGGUUAUUCCAUUUCUGAACUGCAAAAGAGACAUCGCGGGUCAUAAGUCUUCCUUGUCAAUAACUGACGUAGAAACCGAAAUCGAACUUAUUUUGGGAAGAGUAUCUACAUCCUUUUCUUCGGAGUUAAACCUUUCGGAAUUAACGAUUUGUCCCCGGCACCGUUCAUCUCUUGGUAUUGGGUGGCGUCGAGGAUCGAAUCUGUGCCGAGUUCCUCCGCCAAUCUCGAAGCACGGCGGACAAGCCCAAAAAAACGCAAAGGCAGAAAGAGGACUUGGCAAAAGUGCUUGUUAUUUGAUAUGGAAGAAACUGGGAAUUUUUAUUCCAGUUGGUUCAGGUAUGUAUACAUCAUUUUUCAUCUUUUUCAACCAAACAGACCAGCUGUAAAAUGGGGGUCCAAUCUGACACUUCAAUUAAAGCACUUUGUAAGCACUUUUCCUUUUUUUUUUAAUUUUAACUCUUUCAAUAAUUAAGUAGCCGUGACGGUCGCAAAUUCAAUAGCCUUUGUUUAUUUACGCGUUUCUUUUCCUUUCAUUAUUCUAACAUUUUAUAUAAGUUAUUGUAGCAGCAAAAAGGUAAAAGUAAAAGCCUACACUGGACUCCUAAAAUUACAGCUUUUUAAAGCAGAUUCCCUGAUGGCCUAUAGAUAGAUACAGGGAGACUCAGCCCCUAACGGGUACCUUUAUCAGGCUUCAGGUAUAUCAAAGGGUAGGGAAUUGAAGAGUUGAAGUAUAUCAAAGGGUACGAAAAUCUGUCAUUUAAGUUUUUUAAAACAGGUUCCCUUACUUGUGUAAAUUAAGACCGUAGUUGUUCUGAAUAGUGAUUAUAUCGUAUCAGCAAAAACCUGCAUUUUCCAUCGAUUCACUCAACAGGUAUUUGUCGCAACUGCCGGGUUAAUCUUGACAUGCAGAAAAUAGGGGAGCUGCCCACAAAGCUUCUGGAGACCAAGAACCUUUCUUACGAGGAAACUGAGACGAUUGAGACUUCUGUAAGUUCUGAACUGGCACUCAAUGGGAAUAGUGUUAUUAACAGUGGCACCAAACAAGGCCCGCGGGGUAAAAAAGAUAAAAAAAAAUGGAUAGGGACUUUAUCAUCACAAAGUCUGCAUGAGCGGGCCCCGUUUCCUUACUGCCUUUCCUUAAAAUGUAACGAACAGGGAUAGAGAGCACAAAUUAACCGAUUUUCCGUUCAUUUUAUGUCGCCCUUGCGUCUGCACACAGUUAAAAUUUAUUCAGCGGAUUUUUCUAUUUUUUUUAUUCUCACCAAAAUCUGAGAACUUGAAGCAGUUGCAACAAGUUAAAGACCACGUAGUCCGCGAUGGUAAGCUGAGGCCAAAUUGUUCUUUUAAGAAUAAAGGGUUCAUUUAAAAGAAAACUGCAUUAUAACUUAAUUAUUUCUCAGACAGGUUUUUUGCUUCCACUUGCCCCCACCUAUACACACGCAUCCCUCCACCUUAUACCGCAUGGGAUACGAGUUCAUGUGAUUUUCUCAAGGUUGAGGAUACUGUGAAUAACGCUCAGAAAAACGUUUCGGGUUUCCUAUAUACCACUCCAGGUUCCUUUACCACUCGCUUUAAAGUUCGUACUUAUUUGUCAUAAUGAAAGGUAUUUUAUGUAAUGAAUUAGGCACUUUUUAUCAUAAAUGAAGGCGGCAAAAAAGGUUUUAUUUUUAGUACAUAAUAUAUAGAUUUAGCCAGGGCUAAAAGCGAAGCUCUUGUUAAUAAAACUUGUAAACAAAAAAAAUUAAAUCGUCUAAUGCUAAACGGGGAGGCCAAUGGAAAUGGCAUCAAUAGAUCUAAUUAGCAAAAAAACAAAUUGCACGUGCAGCACACUUUUUUUUCUAAUUAGCAAAAAAACAAAAUUUACACGUGCAGCACGCUUUUCGUCCUUCUUUGCCGUUGUUUUGCGCAACUACAACGCUGUUUUGUAGGACUAAACGUCAAACUUCCUAGUUGCACAUUAUUUUUAUGGAGGAAUUCUUACCCAAUAUUUUGUCUCCUGUGUUGAUGUUCGCUUUUAUUUUUCACUGCCGCUCAGUUUCACCUUCCUGGCCACGAGCAUUUCUCAUUGUCUCACAGCCGCUUUGAAUUUUCAUGUUUUUCUUCCUACAAAAUUGUUCUCUUUUGUUCUCCGAAACUAGCUCUAGCUCAGUUUCUCUGUUAUCCACGUGAGUGUAAACAUCAAAAAUAACGUUGAAAAAGACACGACUUUGUUGUUGUUUUUUCUUUCUAAAAGUCCGGGCGGCCAUGCGAUUUCUUUCCAAAUAAAACCUUGAGUUGCAUUUGGGUUGCCAUACCUGUUAACUGAAUUAUUUUACAUUGGUAUGUCUGUGGUGCGGACGGACGGUCGGGCGGUCGGUGUACGGUCACGUGAUUACCAAAUUUUCUCGGAUGGGUAGUUUACCACAUUUUUUUACCCAUGGUGCUCCGCUGCGCGCUUCGCGCGCGAGAGCUCCGCUAAUAAAGGCAACAAAGAUCAGGCGGGAUUAUUGAUCUUUGUCUAAGUGUUGGUCAACUUUGAUAAUUAUGUACCCAAUUAAUUUUUUUUAAUACAGUUUACGUUAUAUUUAUUUUGGGUCCUUGUCUAGGGCGUGAUGUGUAACCUUCCAAUUGCUGCAAGUACUCCUUGUUCAGUGGUAGCACAUGACUUACUAGAGCAAGAAACGUCAUUAUAUUUACCAUCAACCCUCCUAGAAGAAACCGAGACAAGCGCUACAGGAAUGAAGUCGGAAGAACCUAUUGACCACCUUAACAGUUUCUUAAGAAGUCGAGACGUUAGUCCUAUCAGGUACACCCUAAAGACACCUUGGAACGAUGCCAGUGGAAGGACCAGACGACUGCAUGAGCGCAAAGCCAAGCAAGUGGUAUCAGCUGUUCUUGGUGAAAUAGCGCCUAAUGAUCCAGAUCUUCUCUGGGAAUCUAUUAUGUCCUCAAAACAAAAUGAAACUGGAAAUCACACUUGUUCUAGUGGUUUGGAUAAAGAAUUGAUGUACACGCUGGCAAACUGCUACAAAAAUGCAAACGAGUGGGAUUCUCGCAGGCAGAUAUUGUCCAUAAUGGCGGAUAAGGUUAGCUUAGCAACAAUUAAACAGUGGAUCCCAGGCCUGACAAGUUAUCGGUUUAAGGUCGCCAGGCAGCAUGCUGCAGUCCAUGGCAGUGGAAAACUGGUGCCUACCAAUGCACAAACGAAGUCAUUCAUAUCUGAAGCAAAAUUAGCGCAUUUCCUAGACUUUAUCACAAGCUCCCAUGUAAUUCAAGAUCUUCCAUUCGGAGCCAAGACAAUAACAUUGUCAACUAACGAGGUCAUCCAAGUUCCAAAUGUGGUGCGGAACAUGAUACCUGAACGAAUCGUUUGCCAGUACCAAAAAUAUUCUGCCGAGCAUGAUUUCACACCCAUGAGUCGCAGUACACUGCUAAGAAUUCUGCAUGUUUGUGCCGCUUCGACUCGCAAGUCAUUGCAAGGGCUAGAUUACGUAAGCUGUUCUGGUGCGCAGGCAUUUGAAGAUCUUGUGAACGUUGUGCACCAGCUCGGGGAGAACGGAAUGGGUCUUACAUGGGCAAAAACACAAAAGGAAGCUUUAAAGGAGGCAAAGCGGUACCUCAAGACUGAUUUCAAGGUAAAAUAAGAAAGUGAAAAAGGGGAAUAAUUUUGUUGCGCGCCUGGCGUAGGUGUAUUAUGAAUGUUACUCGACUGCCUACUACAUGAGUACUCUCUAAUUGGCUACUGCUCGCGUCUUGUUAGGUGAAUAAGGGUGGAUUCCCACUGUCGCGUAAAUUUCACGUGCAUACACACGUAGCUUUUAGGUGCGUAAUUUAAAUAGAGGCAAUGUUGAAAAGGUCGCUUGUAAACGUAAACGUUGAGCGAGGUUUAGCCUUUACGUUUACUCGUGGCAUUCCAUACGUUGCUUCUAUUUUAUUCACACUCUUAACCCUAUUUAGACCGGGAAGGGUUUGAAGCCCCACUUCGCUUAAAAGUUGAAUAACUUCAAAACCGCUCAAGCUUUGAGCACCAAACCUAGGGACUUUUCCUAAAAAUUAUCUGGGGACAUUUUAAAGUUGUCGUGACUUGUACGUCAGCAUUGACGUUACCAUGGCAACCGAGUUUUGAGAGCCAUAUUUUCCAAAACUUGCUGUUUUACUCAUUCAAUUAUACCCUUACACUUAAUUUAGUGAUGUUUUAUCAAAUUUAUUAUACCUGUUUGUGUAAUCCGGCCUUUUUAGCGACUGAUUUGAGAACAAAACAUGAAUUUAAAAUGGCCCAGUGGCAGAUACUUGGGUUCAAUUUCUAACAGUCUUAAUUUCUCUCGGGAUUUCACAAGUUGCGUAUUUUUUUUUGUUGUUUCAUGAGCAUCCUUUUAUGAACAGAUCCGUUUUUCUAUCACGAUUACCUCCAUUUCUACGUGUUUUAAGUAAAAUUGGAUACAUUUGAAAAAUUAAAAAUGGCGGAUCCAAGAUGGCGGAUGGUUCCAGAUCCCUCUUUAACCAUAAAUGACGUCAUCAUGACGUCACUGCUAGUGUUAAAAGUCAUUUAUGUGUCAACUUACUUCUUGAUUUUGUCAGACACAUUAUGAUGUAAGUAUUUUUUGCUUUGAAGGGAAAGCUGAUGCAAUUUGGAUUCUGCCCAUAGAAUCAACAAUAUGACGUCAUAUUACGUAAUUGUGUCAAUCUAAAAAUGCCUAGACGUUGGAAAUGACGAGUACAUUGUUCUAUGACAUGUUGCUCACCAUACCAUGAGCGGUUUUGUAGUUAUAGAGGGGGGCCUCUGAGCUCCGCCUCCCGGAACCAGGAGCCCAAAAAAGCCCGGUUUGAAUAGAGUUAAUAUUUACGUGCGUGCGGCAUGCCAGUGAAGUUUACGCGAUAUGCAAAAGUGGAAGUCCACCCUAAGAUAAAAUGGGGGGGUCUGCCCAUAGAAUCAACAAUAUGACGUCAUAUUACGUAAUUGUGUCAAUCUAAAAAUGCCUAGACGUUAGAAAUGACGAGUACAUUGUUCUAUGACAUGUUGCUCACCAUACCAUGAGCGGUUUUGUAGUUAUCAAGGGGGGCCUCUGAGCUCCGCCUCCCGGAACCAGCAGCCCAAAAAAGCCCGGAUUGCAUAGAGUUAAUAUUUACGUGCGUACGGCAUGCCAGUGAAGUUUACGCGAUAUGCAAAAGUGGAAGUCCACCCUAAGAUAAAAUGGGGGGGGGGGGCGUUGUAAUACGGCAUUCAGCUUCACAAUAUUUAGGUUCUGAAAUCUUUCAGAAGAUAGCAUUACGUAGAUAUUCCUCAGAAUUGAGGAUUUGAUAAUUAUUGCGCACAUUUUAAUCACUUAGGUUCACGUAUCAGAGAGUUCAAGUAUUCCAGAUCACUGCAUCGUUUUUGCUCUCAGCGACCCUAAAGAUGUUGACUACCAGGCUACAUGUGCCCAUGAUCAUAGCGACGUUUGUGGUCAGUGUAAUUCCCUUGCCGUUACUAUAGAGGAGAUAGAGAAAGCAAUCAAGAUGAUGGCGAUGAAUCUUGAACAUCUUUCCAAAGGCCAAAUACACGAAGAGCUCGCAUUCAUGACCGAGAAAGCAAAACGUGAUAUAAUUGCCUGGAAAUCUCAUUUGUUGCGUUCGGUAAACCAAGAUAAAGCGAGAUUAGACAUCCUCCGAGACUUGGACGACACAUCAGUUCUACUUGUACAAGAUUGGGCCAUGAAGUUUAUUCCUCGAAAAUAUCGUGAAAGCCAACGCGAUUGGUUUGGGAAACGGGGUAUUCCCUGGCACGUGUCUGUCGCCAUGAGAAAGGAAAGCACAAACAAUGCUGGAAAGUACGAAACCCUUACCAUGUGCCAUGUCUUCAGAAGCUGCAGUCAAGAUAGCUGUGCGGUACUGUCCGUCAUGUCUGACGUACUCAAAGAUUUAAAGGACGUCAUGCCACACCUACAGCGAGUAUACUAUUGGCAGGACAACGCCGGGUGUUACCAUUGUGGUAACACAAUCAGCCUUGCUCACAUGGUUGGUAAACAUCACGGCGUGACUGUGAAGCGCAUGGAUUUUUGCGAUCCUCAAGGAGGAAAAGGGGCUUGCGACAGAAGGUCUGCAGCUAUAAAAUCCCACAUGAAGAUUUACCUGAAUUCUGGAAACAACAUUGAAACGUCAGACGAAAUGAAAGAAGCCAUUUUGUCAGCCGGUGGAAUGUCCUCGGUGAGGGUGACUUCGUGUGGACCCCCAAAAGCUCCAGCUUCUUUGAACAUCAAGCUUGAUGGAGUGGGUUCAAUUUCGAAUGUACAGUACGAUGACAAGGGAUUGCGAGUUUGGAGAGCAUACAGAAUUGGCAGAGGGAAAUACACUCCUUGGGAUAAGCUGAACGUCUCGGAAAAUUCGGAAGUUCCGUACUUAACGGACGUAAAUAAGGAAGGUGUCACAGCGAGUUUUGCCCCUGUAAAAUCCAAGCGUAAAGAUACUCUUCCGAGACAGGAGAGCGAGGAAGAGAGUUCCAGUGAAAACUCGAGUGACGAAACAGAAACGGAAACCUCCAACGCUCGUCUUUUUUCAUGUCCGGAAGAGGGAUGUAUCAAAUGUUACCAACGUUACUCGAAUCUGCAGCAACACCUAGACUCCGGAAAACACACACGUGCUCUCGAACGAGAAACACUGCUAGACCAAGCUGUUUAUGGAUAUGCGGAGAGACUGGAGGUUCAAGCGGUUGGCGUCCCCUGUGUGCGAAAUGUUCAGGAAGUGCCAAAACAAGUGCCACUACAGUCUACUCUCCCUAUGGGCUGGGCAUUAAGAUCAUCCCAGAACCGAAGAACACGUUUUAAUGUAAAGCAGAAAGAGUACCUAUCCACAAAGUUCAAUAUUGGUGAGACCACGGGACGCAAAGCUGACCCAGUAGUUGUUGCAAAAGAAAUGAUGCACGCCAGAGGAAAUGAUGGAGAACGCUUAUUCAGCAGCGAUGAGUUCCUUACCAGCCAACAAAUAAGCAGCUUUUUCAGUCGCCUUGCUACCAAAAAGAGUUUACUUGACAAGGAUGACACAGAAGAAAAUGACGACGAAGCCGCGGAGUUCGAGAGUUCCCUUGAGGACCUAACAAAUCAAGUACGGAGGGAAGUUUCAUUACAACAUCCAAUUGUGUUUGACUGUCAUAAUGUGUGUGACCUUGUUAAGCAAGGUAAACUGAACAAAUUUAGCAUUAAAAUGCUGAAGAGCUUGUGCAAGCACUUUGAUUUAGACGUCAGUCAUAUAACAGUCAGACUGAAGAGCCCUUACGUCGACAAACUGUCCACGUUUUGUAGCAAGUGCUCGUGUCAACAGUAAAAUGACAUGAUCAGGUUUUCGCGUGAUUUCCCUGCUCUGACGGGAAUCUUCUUUUAUUGGGAUGAUGUUUUUCGUAUUUACCUUAAAAGAGAUCUUAACCUGGGGAAUUGAAGGUUCUUAUGGGAACGUUGGGUGGGGAUAUGCCGCUGAGUCACUUACCUUUUUAGGACAAAAAAGGACAUUCAUUUUGCCAUCCUUAUCAAGACAGGACCCAACUUGUUAUGACUCAUAACAGAAUUCCCAUCAUAGCCAGAAAUUGAAGACAAUAUGGCGCUGGACCAUGCACGUCAUUUACUUUUCCCGUUCUUUAAAUAUGGCGACCAUAUGAAGGAUUAAUGGGGAGAAAAGAAACUUUUAAGGAUAAAUAAAGUUAGACGGAGAAUCGCUCAUCUCCCCACGUCUAAACCUUCGCAAGGCGAUCGUGGCUUUCAGUCAUGUUAAUUUGGCAAUGUGUCAAGCUCCCAAAGUUGGUCCGUGAGUCACCAUAAAAAUAUGGCUUUCCUUGCCAUACAAGAGUCUGUAAUAUUGCCUGAGCGCUUCUCUUUAAGCAAGAAAAAAGGUCAUUAGGUGUCGGUGUUUCCUCCUUCACCACGUCCUGGUUCUUGAAGGAUAUGUUUAUCUUCAUUUUUGUACGGUUUUAGAGGCCUAACAUCUUUGCUAAACCAGUCCGUUUUUUCCCUGAAAUGUAGAAAUUCCAUAGAGUGAAUCUCUGCGCCAUUACUGCACGAAGCGAUGGAAAAAGAAGGCAAAUCGGAGACUUUUUCAAACGAUAACUCCUUCGAUCAGCCGCCAUUUUCAAAACAGAGAGGUUACCAAGCCAGAGUGACACAGGGGGCCCCGUUUUGUCACGAUCGAACGAUCACAGGAAAGACAGGAAAGCAUCAGCGAAGGGUUGGUGCUUGUCUAAUAGGGACUCAGGCUAGAUUUUGCUCAUGUUAAUUUAAAAAUGGUAAAACGGACGCUGUUAUUAUAAGAAACUUAAACUCGACGUUUCGGCAAUGCUGCCUUCUUCAGGGUAUACAAGACUAAAUACCGUUAAAAAGUGUUUAACGGUAUUUGGUCUUGUAUAUCCUGAAGAAGGCGGCAUUGCCGAAACGUCGGUUAAGAUUCUUAUAAUAACAGCGUCCGUUUUACCAUUUUUAAAUUAACAUUUACAAGUACUACACUGCGCAGGUUUUUCAAUCUAGAUUUUGCACAGCUUGGACUUUAGAACCAGUGUUAGGUUUCGCAUUUAUUUGUUUUUACAUAGUGUCAAGUAGAAUUAUUUGAGGCUAGUAAAUUGUAAGUCUACAGCACGGUAAAAAGUAUACGUUUGCUUCCCCGCCAUUUUGCGAAUGUAUAAAUCCUCAUUAGCUAUUCAAAAUCCCUGAAAAUUAGCGUACGGUCAAAACCGCUGGCUGUCCUCGAUUUCUGGCCAUGAUUCAUUUAAUUCACAAACCGAAUCCAGAUUUUUUUUAGAGUUAGAUAGAGUUAGAUUUCAAGAAUUUUUGGUAUUUCGCAUUCAGAGUGCGCACCGCAACGUUUACUCUGUUUAAUGCUUCCCCAGUCAUAUCCUCUUCCGCGGCACAUCCCUGUUAACACCAAAAUAAGAGAGUGCUCUUAUCGGACCAAAAUUAAUUGCUUAAGUUAUUAUCUGCUUCAUAAAUACAUGUAGAAUUGUCAAUAUGAUGAUCCGUUGAGUCGCCUUAUUAUCUUCGUAGGAGACCAUUGUUAUUAGCUAGCGUAAUUUCCCUACCCGAUUUUGACGAGGCGGAGCAGAAAAUUGUUUCGAGGUUUUGAAACAGGGGGUACAUUUUGUGUCUCAUGUGUUACGCUGUUUUUCCACCGAGAAGUCAAUUUUUGCGCAGUAUUUCACAAUAGUGGCUAAAAACAUAGGUGCAGCACAAGUUGCGUGCUUAAAAUGGUUGAUAACUUAAACAUUUCGCAUUAUUUCCUUUUUUUUGCUCGUCUUUUAAAGUGAAAGAAUGAAGUUGUAUGGAGUAAGACUCGGAUAUGGUUUUCUUGGAGCCGAUGCUCGAGUCCUGUAUCCUGGUAAUGGUAUAAGUAGUUUUGUUUAGAGAAGUUGAAAAAUAAAGCCACAACUUUUUUACAGUCUUUUUAGCGAUUAUUAUGUCGUCAAUGUAUUCCAUGAAAGACUAUUUUUCUGGCUGCCUUCAUCCCCUCCCCGUCCCCCACCCCGCAGCUUGCGCUUUGCGCAUAUAAUUUCCAUAUUCGCCUUCACGCAACAGAUGUCAAGAUAUAAGCUUGAAUCAGGAGCCCCAUACCUUGUGGUUUGAAUCUUUUACCUUUCUGUUUACUUGUCUAGGACGAUCGAUUUUUUCUUCCUCAAAACACUGUUCUCAUUCGCCGUCCAGAAAUGCAUUGUUAAUAUUGUGAUUCCGUGACUGAUCGACUGCCCAAUAUCACGUUUAGUCACGAAACAAUUCGUCACGCGGGGUCUCCGGUCGGUAGAGUUUAGCGUUUCAAAAUGGCUAAAAUUCACCCAGUUUGGCUUUUCUAUCUCACUCUUUAAGUAGAAACGCAACUUUGCAACUAUAAAACCUACAAGGAUUAAGAAAAAUGAGUAUCUGGAGAUCAAAUAUCCACUUUCAUGGAUUUCGAAACUGGAAGUGUUUACACAAUUACCGCCGACCCGCCAUGAAAAUUCCUGAACUUCGAUACCGCCUUAUGGAGACUUCCUGCAAUAACCCAAGUUAAUUCCCAGGUAUGUUUUAGAUGUAUGUCUAAAUGUGGGAUUUAACUAGAGUGAAAUCAAUUUGGAGUUAUACCACGUGUGUAAUAUUGCCGUCGAAAAUCAAUAACAAAACGGAGUUUUUGUUAUCCAUAAAACCUAUUCCUCAUUUUUGAAUUAUUUGUGCUCGGUGAGUGUCGCUUUUGCUCUAAAAGAAUCUUCUAGUAAAAGAAGAACAGUGAUUCUGUUGAAAGAAAGUGUCCAAAUUUCUCCGUGCGACUUUGUUUGCGAACGAGAGGCAAGUUGAUGUAUGCAAAUUUCGCGUAAAUAAUUAGCCAAUUUUGCGACUCCGACCACAAAAACCGAUGUUCUAAUUUUUCUAAAAAAUAAAAAGCUUUUGGCGGGAACAAUCCACAUCAGGUAUCUUAUCUACCUAAAAGCUAUCUAUGGACAAAAAAUGAAAGAAAUCGAUUUUUCAACUCUUGCCACGAAAUUAAGAUUUUGGUCGAUAUUUCCUGACCGUCGCUCUUAAACAUUAAUCUCGAUAGAAACAGUAACAAUAGUGCUGCAACAGUUGCAUUCGUAAAAGAUUUAAUUCCUUUUACUAAAAAUGCUUUGUACAAAAAAUACUUUAGUGAAUUCUAUGACUUUGCUGAUGCGGAUAAUUACGGAAUAAAUAUAGGUUCAUCUGGAGUUAUUAUUAAUUCUUUAACUCCUAAUAUUAUACUACCACCAAAUAAAGACCUAAGUGAAAUAGUAGAAAAAGGAUUACAUGUUAAUGGUUAUAAUGUUACUUUUUCUCCUUCAUAUUCCCCAAUAGAUACUUUAUGUAUUGUUUUUACUCAUUGGAGAAAUAGGAGUUUUAGCCUAACUAAAUAUUUAUCAUCAAACAAUAAUAUUUUAGUAAAAUUGGAUUAUAAUAAAUCAAACAAUAAAGUAACUUUAACUGUCAAUAAAACAACUCAAAAUUUUACCAUGCUAAGUAGUUUUAAUGGAAAAAUAAUUGUUUUAUGGCUGGCAGAAGAUUUUCAUUCAAAUGUCACAAAAGUUUCAAUAAGUAACUACAGCUUAACAUUAACUAUACCAGCCAUUCAAUACAAUGCUAAUCAAAGUUGGAAGUNUUAAACAUUAAUCUCGAUAGAAACAGUAACAAUAGUGCUGCAACAGUUGCAUUCGUAAAAGAUUUAAUUCCUUUUACUAAAAAUGCUUUGUACAAAAAAUACUUUAGUGAAUUCUAUGACUUUGCUGAUGCGGAUAAUUACGGAAUAAAUAUAGGUUCAUCUGGAGUUAAUUCUUUAACUCCUAAUAUUAUACUACCACCAAAUAAAGACCUAAGUGAAAUAGUAGAAAAAGGAUUACAUGUUAAUGGUUAUAAUGUUACUUUUUCUCCUUCAUAUUCCCCAAUAGAUACUUUAUGUAUUGUUUUUACUCAUUGGAGAAAUAGGAGUUUUAGCCUAACUAAAUAUUUAUCAUCAAACAAUAAUAUUUUAGUAAAAUUGGAUUAUAAUAAAUCAAACAAUAAAGUAACUUUAACUGUCAAUAAAACAACUCAAAAUUUUACCAUGCUAAGUAGUUUUAAUGGAAAAAUAAUUGUUUUAUGGCUGGCAGAAGAUUUUCAUUCAAAUGUCACAAAAGUUUCAAUAAGUAACUACAGCUUAACAUUAACUAUACCAGCCAUUCAAUACAAUGCUAAUCAAAGUUGGAAGUUUACAACUGAAGAUGGAAUAGUAAGAAGGUUAAUGUAUACUCCAAACUUUUACGACACUGACUCUACUCAAUUUCAUAAAGUAUUGAUUCAGGAAAAGUUAAAUGGAUCUUAUAUAAUAUAAUUAUAAAUGAAGGAUAUCUUUGAAUUUAAUCACAUUGAUAAAUCUCUGUCAGAAUCAGACGUCACAACUCUCAAAGACUUUUACAAACAUUAUCAUAAGAAAUACUGGUGUUACAAAAAGUGUUAUAAGAGUAACAAAUUUCUUGAUGAUGUAUUUUCUAUCUCUGGAAUUUGCCUGGUUGCAAUAGGAACUAUUACUGGUGGUAUUAGACUAAACCCCAUUGUUCUAGGAGUUGUAAAUGGUGCUGGA